AUGUCUACAACGCUUGCUACUCCAGCUCCGUCAACGUCAAUACACCCUAAACAUUCUGCUCCACUAUCACCAGCAGUCUUACACCUGCUUACACUGAAUGGAAUAAGUGACGCCACGAAAAUUACGGCAACCGGACCAAAAGGACGAUUAUUGAAAGGUGACGUGUUGGCAUAUCUUGGAAAAAUAGAGCCUCGAACCAAAACUUCAAAGGAACAAGGAGGCGAGGUGGAAAAAGAACAUACAAGGCCGUCGCCGACGGUGGUAGCUCCAACAAAGACUGCACGUGAAUCAUCCGAGUAUGUGGAUAUUCCUUUGACAAAAAAAGAUGAAGUCGCCCGAGUGACUAAAUCAAAAUCAUCGAUACCACAUUCUUAUAUCUCAAAGAGUAUCAAUAUCGAUGAACUUUUGAAGUUUAGACAGACAUUUAAUGAACAAUUCAAAACAAAUAUAACAAUCAACGACUUUUUCGUAAAAGCUGCAUCGAUGGCACUACGCAAAUCACCUGAAUUAAAUGUGCGUUAUGAUCCAACCUCCGAAAACUUGACCUCAAAAAAUACUGAUAUCGAUAUUUCUGUUGGUGUUGCUACACCGUCCGAGAGUAUUCAACCUGUUAUCAGAAAAACAGAAGAGAAAGGAUUAAAGACUAUUUUUGAACUUAUAAAGGAGCUAUCAAGUAAAGCGAAAGAAAGUAAACUUUUGCCGGAAGACAUAUCGAAUUUGGGAGUAGAUGAGUUCACAGGGAUUAUAAAUCCGCCGCAAUCUUCUAUACUGACAAUUGGUAGCACUCGAGCUGUUACCAAAAUCCCCGAGGUUAUUGAUAUUACAGAUAAGACGAAUAAUUCAGAUAUACUGGAUUAUCUUGGCUCUAAACCUGAUUCGAGAUCAUCAUCAUCGUCAUCUUCGUUGUCAGAUGAUGAGACAUUAAACAUUAUAGAAUAUCUUGGUGGGGUAAUCCCGUCACCCAAAAGCAUGAGCAGCUCACACUCUUCUAUUGAAUCACAAAAAACGAUUCAAAAUAGACUUGCACCACGCGUUGACGCAAGUCAUAUUGUUAAUGUACAAUUGAGUAUUGAUGAACGCGUUGUGGAUCCAGUGGUUGCUGCAGAGUUCUUGGAUCGAUUUUCUAAAGUUACUGAGGCACCUGAGCGUAUUUUGUUGUAA